AUGUCAGAAUUACAUGCUUUGCUUACUUUCCCAGAGAGGCCCAUUUCUCAAAGUUACUAUGUACCAAAACUGCAGCAUUUCUUAAAAUCUGGUAUACCGGCUACAUAUACUUUGGAGCAGGUCGCAGCCUUCGAGCAUGAGGAAAAGAACAGGAACGGGGAUAAGGAAUUCAGAGAGAGCACUGACGACAAUAAAACCUCAAACACAACGCCGUUACACGUUUUAGCAAGAUCGCUACCCUUGGAUAUCAAGGAUGAGGAACUGCAAGUGGUGAUGGAUAUGAUGAAUAUUCUUUUUGAGUAUGGGGCUGGAUGGAAUUUUAUUGACUACGAGGACAAAACAGUGGGUGAUUUGUUUUUAGAGAGAAAUCAAAGUAGGGAGAGCCCUCUUUAUAGACGGCUCGUGGAAGCUGGUGUGUCUGCUGAAUUAUUACUGAGAAAACUCAAUGGUGGCGACGUCGAAUUCUUGGAUACAGAUGAACUAAUAGGUAUCGAGCCUGAGGAAAGCGUUCAAACAGCAGUUGAUGGUCAAAAAGAAGAAUCAGUUGGUAGUGAUGACGAUGCUACCGCGGCAAAUCAACAAGUGUACUUAAAAACAGAACUAGAGUACAAAGACGAUGCGCUUAUCACAAAGGAAAAUAAGGACGGUGUUAUGAUGGAUUGGGAAACCAAGAUUAUGGAACUUGCUUCCGAAACCUUAUUUCCUGAUCCAGAGGCCACUAAUUCUGCUACGAUCUUAAACAUUGGAUUUGGAAUGGGGAUCAUCGAUACAUUCAUCCAAGCUCGAAAACCAUAUCGUCACUAUAUUUGCGAAGCUCAUCCAGAUGUUUUGGCCAAGAUGAAAAUGGAUGGUUGGUAUGAAAAGGAUAAUGUGGUUAUUUUAGAGGGAAGAUGGCAAGAUACGUUGAAUAAUUUAUUAGACAAAGGUGAAGUUUUCUUUGAUGGUAUUUAUUAUGAUACAUUUAGCGAGCACUACCAAGACAUAUUGGACUUAUACGAUGUCGUGGUAGGUUUAAUUAAACCAGAAGGCGUUUUCUCAUUUUUCAACGGAUUAGGCGCUGACAGAUCGUUGUGUUACGAUGUAUAUAAAGAAAUUGUUGAGAUCGAUGUUGCUACAUAUGGUAUGAAAUGCGAUUACACCAGAUAUUCUCUUGACGAGCAAUUGCCAGAUUGGAAUGAUGUUAAGCGGUCUUACUUUAACUGUAACUAUUAUUACCAUCCACGUAUCACGUUUGCUUAA